GGAACAAUGGGAAACCAAAUGAGCAUCCCACUAAGAACUGACGACCAGGAGAAUGACCCGGAAGCAGACACUUACAAGGCAAUGUCAGACAAUGAGUGUGUUCAGAAUGGGAACCCGGUGCUGGUGUCCACUCACGUGACUCAACACUAUGAUGAAGUCGACUUGGGAAUAAGCAUCUCCAAGGAUAAUGUGGCUGCUUCUUCCCCCAAGACAACGGAGGAGGCCCAUGCUGUGGCCGAUGCCAGCGGAAAGAAUCUUGGGAAAGGAGCCAAGCCCGAGGCACCAGCUGCUAGAUCGCAUUUUUUCUUGACACUCUCUCGGCCUGUACCAGGACGUCCCGGGGACCAAGGCACGGAUUCAUCGGCUGCUUCGGGGAGGCUUGAUGUCAGCCCCGGCACAGUGCCUGCGAACAAAGACCCAAGUGAACACGGGGCGCUUCCGAUGGCAGCUGCACCAGGGCCGGCUGCAGAUAAAACCCCAGGGUGCGCUGAGGCCAAGCAGCAGGCCCUCCCUGCCACCUGCCUGCCUCCGCCACCCUCCCCACCUGAGUCCCAGGCAGAAGGCCAGUCCAGGCCCAAGGAUUUCAGCUUUUUCAACAGAUUCUUUAAACUGGACAAGGGAAGAGAAAGUGUGCCAGUUGACAGACAGCCUAAAGAAGCCAAGGGAGCAGAAGACCAAGCCCAGGCCCUAGAGGCUCCUGCCGUCCCAGGGAAUUCCCAUGGUGUCUCUGCAUGCGAGGACAUAGUCGACAGCGAGGAGAGAGGACAAGAAGUUGACACUCUGAGUUGUUCUGUCCCUGGGGAUCCAGAGGUGCUGGGGAGCACAAAGGAGGACCCCCAGGUGGUAGACACCACUGAGAACAGAACCAUCAUGAGCUUCCUCAAGACACUAGUUUCGCCUAACAAAACUGAAACAAAAAAGGAUCCAGAAGACACGAAGGCAACCAAGGUAGACAGUGUCUGCGAUGGACACGCUGGCCAGAAGAUGCUGGAGUCGCAGGCUAAGAGCAAGAAGAAACGCCUGGACAGCCCCAGGCUAGGACUCACCUUUAGAAAGUUCUUUAGGCAUAAGGAUACUGAAAAUUCACCCACAACUUCAGCCAAUGUCAAGUCAGACAAAGCCAACUUCACAUCCCAGGAGACUCAAGGGGCAACCAAGAGCUCAAAAGGCUGCAGCCCACCAGGUCACAUGCCACCUGCCAGUGGCGCAACAAAAGAAGGUGACAAGGAGAAGUCGGGACCCACCUCGCUACCCCUGGGGAAAUUGUUCCGGAAGAAGUCAGUUAAAGAGGAUUCACUUCCCACAGGUGCAGAGGAGAAUGCGGUGUGUGAGUCGCCAGUAGAGACUGUGAGGUUUGAGGAAGUAGAAUCCACCUUACAAACUGUGGAUCUCAAUGAAGAAGAGAACGGGCCUGAACCCACAGAUGUCAGAGUCAAGGAAGAAAGCAAACCCCGGCGGACCCCUCUGAUGGCCUUUCUCAGACAAAUGUCAGUGAAAGGGAGAGACGGGACCACCCGCUCGGAAGAAACUAAUGGGAAGGACUCCAGCUGCCAAACGUCAAACCCCACGGAGAAGACGCCCUCGCCCCCAGAGCCAGAGCCCGUGGGAACAGCCCAGAAAAGCAAGGAGACCUCAUCGAAGGACAAGAAAUCGGUGGAGAAGAAGUCAGUGGCUGAGACCAACAAGCAGAAGAGCAGCAAACAGGAAGCCAAGGAGCCUGUGCAGUGCAUGCAGUCACCCAUGGUGGAAGCAAACUCGCUGCAAAAUGGGGACAAGACCCCGAAGAGGUCUGAGAAGCAGCGACAGUCUCUUGGGGGUUUCCUAAAGGGCCUGGGACCAAAGCGGAUGUUGGAUGCUCAAGUGCAAACGGACCCCGUAUCCAUCGGACCAGUCGGAAAAUCCAAGUAAACAAACCACCCAGCCCCUACCGGGUCGUCCCACUCCAUCUCCUGUCCAGACUCACACUGUGUAUAUAUUUGUUUUCCUCCUGGCCAGCCAAUGAGAUUCUGCCUACAACUCCAACCUGAAAUUGUUGUAGAUCGAGGUGUAUUAUUUACGUCUCUGGUCCAGUCUUUCCUGGCAAAUGAGUGUUAAAAUGGGUUAGCAGGUUAACUAGUUGAUCUGGGG